UAAAAUUAUAACAUCAUUUUAAUCUUAUAGCAACAAAUAAUUACGACCGGAAUAUUUAUCAUUAAAUUCGGUAACUAAUUCCUUGUUAGUUUGUAGGCAUCUUGACAACAUUUAGUUAAAGGAGGACAAACCUCUUCCCUUCAGCCACACUCUAGCGUUUUUAUAGCAACAAAGAUGAAACAAAUUCAGAACUCUCUGACUUCGGUUGGCAAAAGAGGCUAAAAUAAGUUCAUCCUCUAGUUGCCAUGUAAUUAUCGCUCCCCUUGUUUUUAACUACAAAAGAACAAAAAACAUAGUAAGGCCAAAAACAAAUGUGCCUACAUAAGAAUGCAUACCCUACUCACACACACACACACCCCAAGUGAAGUUGCAAUUGAGAAGGAAAAGGUAAAGGCUCAGAAAAUAACAAAAGAAAUGGAAAUGAUGACAAAGAAAGAAGAGAACAUGAAGAGGAGUUGGAUGUCAAUGCCACAAAGUGAGUUCCAAGUAGCAGCAAGGGGUAACAAGAGGAGAAGGAGAGAGCUUACUGCAGUUGCACUAACAAAUGAAGAAAACCAAAGUAAGGAACAAACAUUGCAGCCACACCAACAGCAACAGAAGGUUGAUCAAAAUUCCACUACCAACACUACAAAGAGAAGUUCAAGAUUCAGGGGUGUCAGCAGACAUAGAUGGACAGGUCGAUACGAGGCUCACUUAUGGGACAAGCUCUCUUGGAACAUAACACAAAGGAAGAAAGGGAAGCAAGUUUACCUUGGGGCAUAUGAUGAAGAAGAAUCUGCUGCUAGAGCAUAUGAUUUAGCUGCACUUAAGUACUGGGGAACAUCAACUUUCACCAAUUUUCCGAUAUCAGAUUAUGAGAAAGAGAUUGAGAUAAUGCAAACUAUGACAAAAGAAGAGUACUUGGCUACUCUAAGGAGAAAGAGCAGUGGCUUUUCAAGAGGUGUAUCAAAGUAUAGGGGUGUUGCAAGGUGAUACUCCAAAUGAAAAUAUGAACAUCAUGAGUUCUGGAUUGCAAUAGAUUAC